AUGGCGGCGCGCUACUCAGCUCCGGCUGGGGCGGUUUUCGCCGUUUUUGUCUUCUCUAUCGCUCUUGUUGCGGAAAUCGGGGCGGUCGGCACCCAUCGGGAGACUCUCAGGAGUGUGGUGUUGGCAGACAGUCCGGAAUGCGCCGCCGACUUGCGUCGCAUCUGUUCACCGGGACUGCUGGAGAACAACUUCGCUGUGCUCAACUGCGUUCAGAACCACAAGUUGUUGGAGGAUUCCGGACUGUCGGAGCAGUGUCAUCACCUACUGUGGCAAUACAAGCGAAACAUAACCCAGAGCGAUCAGUUUUCACAAAUUGCACAGAACACAUGUCAAGCCCUUUUGACAGCGUACCCGGAAUGCUCUACGCCGAGGCAUACGAUGCUGCUCUGCCUCUUGGAGCACGCAGAAAACGCGACGGAAGAUUGCCACAUGUUCCUGUAUCGAAUGGAGACAGUGGUUUUCAGCGACUACCGACUCAUCCAAAAGUUCGCCGAAGCGUGUAGCUCCGACAUUGAGAAACUCAAGUGUGGUCGUCUCUCGAGUGACUCGAGACAACCUCACAGCCAGGGAGCGACCAUCGAGUGUCUGCAGACGCAAACCGACCAUCUGCAAGAUACGUGUCAACAAGAAAUCCUGAGAAUUUCCAAGAUCCAGGGAGAGGACUUCCAGCUCGACAGACCUCUGUUCUUCGCCUGUCGGGACGAUCGCGAUCGAUUUUGUUCCCAUGUCGAUUCCGGCGAAGGACGCGUCUAUAAGUGUCUCAUGAGGCAUCGGCUCGAACGAACUAUGACACCAGAGUGUGCCAAGAAGCUCUUGGAACGGGAAAAGCUCACGAUUCGCGACUACCGGGUGAGCAAAGGCCUGACGCGAGCCUGCCGAGACGACAUCAAGCAGUACAAGUGUCGCGAAGACACUUCCCAUCGGCGCGAAUUCCGCCUCGCCCAGAUUCUUCUCUGUCUCGAGAACUCGAUCCAUAACGACUACCCCGUCGCCGCUGAAUGUAAAGCCGAACUCCUCGUGCACAGACGCUUCCUGCUGGAGUCCUAUCAGCUCACUCCGGAUCUUGCUGCCGCUUGCGAACAGGACAUCACCGCGAAUUGCCAGAAAAAACUCGAAGCAGGAGGGCGUACCGUGCACUGCCUCAUGAAACAUCUCAAGGGCCCGAAGAAAAUCGGCGAUCAGUGUCGCCGUGAAGUCGAGAAGAUGAUAAAGGUUUCCGACGUGGGCGAGGACUGGCGCGUUGACCCUGUCCUGCAGGAAUCGUGUCAACCGGUUGUCGACGUUGUGUGUCAGGACGUGAAACCGGGCAAAGGCCGGGUACUAUCGUGUCUGAUGGACCAUGUCGACUCCAGUCAAAUGCGGGAUGAUUGCAGAGAUGCAUUGCUGCAAAUCCAGUAUUUCGUUGCGAGAGAUUUCAAGUUGGAUCCUCAGCUCUACGAAGCCUGUCACUCUGAAGCAGUGAGGAACUGCCACGCUAAAGAGGAAUGGCACCAAUCCCCUGGUAAGAUGGACCCGGAGAGAGGCCCCAUCGUCCUGCCCUGUCUGUAUCGGUACGCCUACCAUCCGGACAAGAGUUUCGCGCUCUCCAAACCGUGUCUCUACGAAGUGCGCAGAGUGAUGCGUCAACGCGCGGUCAGUGUCGACCUUCAGCCCGAGAUCGAAGAGCCCUGCAUGAACGAUCUGGCCGCAUACUGUAGCCUGAACGUUGAAAAGGGCCAAGAGAUCGACUGUUUACAACAGAACUUGGAGAAACUCGAGCAGGAUUGUCGGCUAGCAGUCGGAAAUCUCACGGAGGAGCAAGCGGAGCACAUCGAGCUAAACUACCCGCUAUUCAGAAUUUGCAGAGGGGUUCUCAAGAAAGUUUGUUCCGACGCGCUCUCGAAGGAAAUCGAUCAAGGCGACCUGGUGCAGUGCCUGAUCACUAAUAAGAACGAGCUCGAAGUCAAAAACGAUGUGAAGUGUAGGACCAGCAUCGAACACUUCCAGCUAGUGUCGUUGAAAGAUUAUCGUUUCACCGCCAAGUUCAAAGAAGCCUGCAAACCUGACGUGAUCAAAUACUGCAGCAAAGUUCGGACAAAGGCUGAGGUCGUCGCGUGUCUCAGCACGCUCGUCGCGGACGAUGUCCUCAAGGCAAGAGAAAGACCCAGGAUCACCCCCAUGUGUCGUCGUCAGCUUAAGGUUGAGCUUUUCACCAGGGACGAAAACAUACAUCUCGACCCAAAGUUGGACAAAGCGUGCGAGGACGACCAGAAGCAAUUCUGCUCUCACGUUGAAGCGGGUGAAGGCCGGAUGCUGGAAUGCCUCAGAACUCACCGAGAGAGCUUGACUCCCGGUUGUCAUCACGUGGUUUUCCAUCGCGAGGAGCAGAUGCAAAACGAUAACUCGAUCGAUUAUAAACUUUUCCAAACCUGCAAAGGCGCCAUCAAACGAUUCUGCGCGGAAUCCGAGGCAUCACAGGUGCUGGAUUGUCUGGCCGAGUACCGUCGUGAACCCGGAAUCUCAGACAAUUGCAAGAAUCUCAUUCACAGUCGACUCCUUGAGCGGAACGACGAUUACCGGCUCAAUCCCAAGCUCAAGAAACACUGCAAGCGUGAUGUGGAGAAAUUCUGUUUGAACGUCAUAGACAGACAUAGGGACAAGGACACCGAGCUCGAGGGGAGUGUCAUCCGUUGCCUGCGAGAAAACUAUCUCAGAAAACGUCUGAGCGACGAAUGUGAACCCGUCAUCUUGACCAUCAUGCGACAAGGAGCUCAACUGGACCCUGCGGUCGCUAAAGCCUGCAAAACCGCGCUCGAAAGGCCGUGCGACCUCGACGACCCGGAGGAGUGCUUGAAACAGCAGUUCCAGGAAAAACUGAUCCACAGCGAAAACUGUCGGAUCGAGGUAGCCCGCCUGAUCCACGAGGGAAAAGCGGAUGUGCAAAGCGAUCCCGUGCUCCAUAAAGCUUGCAGCAACGAUAUCCAGCGAUGGUGUUUCCUCGCGGUUCCUGGACACGGGCACGUGCUAUCGUGUCUGAUGUCGAAUCUAGAGAAAAAUCAGUUAGAUGCAGAAUGCAAAGCGCUCCUGUCGAAGCGGAUCGAGAUGUUCGAAUACGCCGCCCAAGUGGCGCCCGUUGAGACACUCCAUGAUGUCGUGAAACAAUUGCAGCAGAGUCCUGCGAGAAACUGGUUUUUGGUGGUUUUCAGUGCAGUCUUCCUGACCCUGUUUUUCAUAGGAGUCACUUGCGGGAGAUUGAGCAAGAGAAUGCCCCAACAGUUGAAAAAUAAGUGAGAACCUGUAUAUCAAAGUCACCCCUCUAGAUAGCUACCAAUUGCGACUGUACAUACUUGUGAGAAUGAUGAAUGAAUGAGAAAAUAAAU